UUUUAGGGUUUAAAAGUGAACCAGAACGGUCAGGGUUUAGGGUUUAGUUUACAAAACAUCUUCUUCGUUCUUCACCGGUUUGCAGGAGUGUCAAAGCUCAGAACAUCGAAGCCAUGAAUUUCCGAUUUCAGAACCUUCUUGGCGCUCCUUAUAGAGGAGGAAAUGUAGUUGUUUCCGGCAACUCUCUACUUAUCUCUCCCGUCGGCAAUCGAAUAUCGGUCACCGACCUGAUAAAGUCCGAAACAUUCACUCUACCCUGUGAGAGUUCCUCCAACAUUUCCCGAAUUGCUGUCUCUUCCGACGGUAACUUUCUUAUAUCCGUUGACGAAAAUCUUAGAUGUCUAUUCAUCAAUUUACGUCGUCGAGUCAUUCUUCAUCGUAUGUCGUUUAAGAAGCCUGUCUCUGCAAUCAAGUUCAGCCCCGAUGGGGAGUUGAUUGCGUUCGGUGUCGGUAAAUUGCUCCAGAUAUGGCGGUCUCCUGGGUUCCGUAAGGAGUUCUUUCCGUUUCAGUUAAUUCGAACUUUUGCCGAUUGUGAUGCCACAGUUACGUCAUUAGAUUGGAGCCCGGAUUCGAACUAUAUUCUUGCUGGUUCAAAGGAUUUGACGGUGAGACUAUUCUGUUUGAAGAAAUUGAAUGUGUUUAAUAAGCCAUUUUUGUUUUUAGGGCACAGGGAUGCCAUAACUGGUGCUUUCUUCUGCAUUGAUAAGAAGUUGAAUAAGGUUUCUAGGGUUUAUACAAUCUCACGUGAUUGCGCGUUAUUCAGCUGGACUUACAAUGACAAUGAAGAGAAAACUGACGAUUUAAAGGGGGAAGUUUCUGAUCCUCCUUCUCCGGGCACACCAGAGCUAAGACCUCAGGGAGACGCGAACAGUGAUUUGGUGAGCUUUCCCAAUGGCAAUAUUAAGAAAAGGAAGAAUAUUGAUGAUCAUGCCGACAAUUUAGAUGAAGAACGCGGAUUUCUUCAUAGAGGGAAGUGGGAGUUGUCCAAGAAAGACUAUUUUACUCAGGCAUCAGCAAAAUUGACAGCCUGCGAUUAUCAUAGAGGUCUUGAUCUCGUAGUUGUGGGGUUCUCUAAUGGCGUUUUUGGGCUUUAUCAGAUGCCUGAUUUUGUAUGCGUUCAUUUGCUUUCGAUAUCAAGGGAGAAGAUCUCAACUGCUGUUUUUAACGAGCUUGGGAAUUGGUUGACAUUUGGGUGUGCAAAACUUGGACAGCUGCUUGUGUGGGAGUGGCGAUCGGAGAGUUAUAUUUUGAAACAGCAGGGUCACUACUUUGAUGUUAAUUGCCUUGCUUAUUCACCUGAUUCACAACUUUUGGCCACUGGAGCGGAUGAUAACAAAAUAAAGGUAUGGACAGUUUCAUCAGGUGCUUGUUUUGUAACCUUCUCUGAGCAUACUAAUGCAGUCACAGCAGUACACUUUAUGGCUGGUAACCAUUGUCUACUUAGUGCAUCUCUGGAUGGUACUGUUCGAGCUUGGGACUUGUUCCGCUACCGAAACUUCAGGACAUUUACCACUCCAUCUUCUAGGCAGUUUGUCUCCUUGGCAUCAGAUCAGAGUGGUGAAGUUAUUUGUGCUGGAACUCUAGAUUCUUUUGAGAUCUUUGUUUGGUCAAUGAAGACUGGCCGAUUGUUGGAUGUCCUUAGUGGUCAUGAAGGGCCGGUUCAUGGUUUGAUGUUUUCGCCUACAAAUGCUAUAUUGGCUUCAUCUUCAUGGGACAAAACUGUUCGAUUGUGGGAUGUUUUUGAUGGAAAAGGUGCUGUUGAGUCAUUUCCUCACACACAUGAUGUUCUCACACUAGUUUACCGUCCUGAUGGAAAGCAAUUAGCUUGCAGCACAUUAGAUGGUCAAAUCCAUUUCUGGGAUCCUAUAGAUGGCGUAUUAAUGUAUACAAUUGAGGGUCGUAGGGACAUUGCAGGUGGGCGACUCAUGACUGAUCGAAGAUCAGCAGCUAACUCAACUUCAGGGAAGUUUUUUACCAGUUUGUGUUAUUCUGCUGAUGGGAGUUACAUUUUAGCUGGAGGGAGUAGCAAAUACAUUUGUAUGUAUGAUGUUGCCGACCAGGUAUUGCUGAGAAGGUUUCAGAUAACACAUAAUCUCUCUCUGGAUGGAGUUUUAGACUUUUUAAACUCCAAAAAAAUGACAGAAGCUGGUCCUUUGGAUCUGAUUGAUGAUGAGAAUAGUGAUGUAGAGGAGGGCAUUGACCAACAAACCCGAGCAAAGUUGGGGUAUGAUUUACCGGGAUCCAUGCCAAACCGUGGAAGGACAGUUAUUCGAACAAAAUGCUUGAGGAUAGCACCAACCGGCAGGUGUUGGGCAGCAGCAACAACAGAGGGAGUCCUGGUGUAUUCUAUAGAUGAAUCUUUUGUCUUUGAUCCAACUGACCUUGAUAUUGAUGUCACACCAGAGGCAGUUGAUGAGGCUCUUAAUGAAGAUCAACCUGCGAGAGCGCUAUUGCUUAGCCUUCGUCUAAAUGAAGAUGCUCUUAUUAAGAAAUGCAUUCUUUCUGUGAAUCCAGUUGAUAUACUAGCUGUUGUUUCUUCAAUCCCAUUCAGAUAUUUGCAGAGGCUAAUUGAGGCAAUUGCAGAUCAUAUGGAAAACUCUCGACAUUUGGAGCUUAUUCUUAAAUGGUGGCAGGAACUCUGCAAAGCCCAUGGUCACCAUAUUCAACAGAAUUCCAGAAGCCUGCGCCCGUCUCUAAGAUCCUUGGAAAAGGCAAUUAUUAGGUCACAUCAGGAUCUGGCAGAAGCUUGUUCUUCAAAUGAGUAUACUCUUCAAUACAUAUGCUCAACAGGUGCUAAGAGUUGAUGCUGGCCUUUCAAAUUGUUAGACAUGUAUGUUUUGCACUAUGCAUUUUGUUGCUUCUGGAUACCACCUUUUGGGCAUUGCAUUUUAGGCUGGUUGCCUAUCCGGCUAUCCCUAAUCUGGGUCAUUUGCAAGAACAGAACUAUACUUUCAUCUGAUCUAUAUUUUCCCACUUGAGAAAUGCCAUUUUAUUCUGGUUCUUCCAAUUUUUCAAAUGGGCCCAAGUUCUGACAGAAGAUGGGGGGAGACCCUGGAUUUUAGAAGUUAUAUUUGAUAUACUGGAUUUACAGAGUUAAAGAUGUUAGAAAACUUACGGUGAGCUGAAGGGUACUUGGGAGGUGACCAAUACUGAGGUGGUCGAGUUGUCGAUUGUGCUGCUAAGCUCUUAUUGGUGGCCUUGUGUACUUUAUGACUGAGUUUUCUGCUUGGGAGUCAUCCUUGUUGAGAACAACACUCCCCAUUUUGAUAAGUGCAACAUCUAUUGAUGGCCAGCUAUUCAAUUUUGAUUACAUUUCUGAAAUUGACAGAGGGUGCAUAGAAAUCUGAAUGAAAGGCAAUUUUCCCCGUUUGUAAAAGGUUGUUUUCUAGUGUUAGCUUUCCUGAAUUUUGAUCUUGUUUUCUGUAAUAACUUAACAAAGCCUUAUUAUCCCAGUCAUCUGGUUGGUGUUUUUUUUUUUUUUGUAUUUUUUCCUGAAGUAAUUAUUUCCAUGAUCCAUAAUUUGUACGA